AUGUUAGCUCACGAUUUUUUGAAGAAGGACGAUCGGACGUUCAAACCGACAUCUUCUUCUCGGUCAGCAUGGUAUUUUUGUGUUUUGGUGCUGACGAAGAUUCUUCGAUGUAUCGGCAUAUUUUUUCUCGACAUUUUAGCAAAGGGAAUUCAUGUAGUUAGUCUGCUAUGGCUCGUUAAAUGCAUCAGCACUUCUCUUACCCAUCCAGAAACCUCUUUCACACAUGGGCAUACUUUGAGGAAACCAACGUUUAUACGCAUUGGAAAAAUGGCAUUAGUCAAUUGUUUGAUAGAAGUGCUCUGGUUUUAUGGAAUCACCUUUUGUGGCCCUCUCAGGUCUGUGCUAGUUUUCGAGUUGAGCCCUUCUGUUUUGUUGGUAGCCAUGGCAUCCGUUUUUAAGGGAAAUUCUUCAACGGCGAAAAGUAGGGGUUUAUUCUUUCUAGUCAUUGGAUAUUUAUCGCUUCUGCUGUUGGAUCGAGAUCACUCAGUAGAGGAUCCACAUGGUGUAACCCAUGGCCAUCACAGUGGACUGAACCAUUUGUUCUAUCACCUUAUUGCCACAUUUGGUGUAAGUGAUCAUCAGGGAGGCAUAGCUAUUCUAUUUCUGGCGUUACUUCUUCGUAUUGGUUACGAUAAUUCAUUCCGUCAUCUCGCGGUUGAGAUUGGUGGACCCAAGCGACUGUACUCUCUCGUGACCACGUGUUCAGCCAUGAUCCUCACUCCUAUCGGAGUGCUUUCACUGGUUAUGAAGACGUCCGUCACUGACUCUCUUCUACAUUUCAUUAUUCUGCUUUUCAUAGCAACAGUUUUUGUUAUGGUUCUUGAUUUCUAUGCCGAAAGUGUAUGCUUCCAGCAUGUCGCUGACCCUGUAAUGGCUGCUGCUCGUUGGUCACCGGUGACAAUGUUCAGCUGUGCUCUUGGGUUGGCAUGGCUGUGGUACGCUGGUCAAGGAUUACAGGAACAUAUUGUGACUUCCGGCGUCAUCAUUACAGUGAUUGCUUUUAUUUUAGCUUCGGUGUCGUUAACGUCAGCUAGUGGCCCGAAGCACAGAGGUGGUGAACUGAUUGGGAUGUCCGACACUGGGUUGCCGCUUUUCGCAUAUAAAGAGGCUUUCCUUCAGAAAACAGGCCGUUCGCUUGUUCUAUUUUUCAAGGAGACUCUUCGCGAAAUUCUGGCCAACUCUGACUCCCGACGCAUAUUUUGGUUCCUAUGCGUCAAUCUGUCGUUCUGUGGCGUCGAGUUUCUUUACGGAUUCUGGACUAAUAGUCUCGGUCUCAUCUCUGAUGGAUUCCACAUGCUCUUGGACUGUUCCGCCCUUGUCCUCUCAGGAUUUAUCAAUGCGCUAUUCUUGUGUGUCAUUGCCUUAUUCAUUUUACUUGAAGCUCUUGAGAGGUUGUUUGAUCCGCCCAACAUCAACACUGAUAGACUUUCUCUUUGUCGUGCGGUUUCGGGCCUGUUGGUCAAUUUAUUCGGAAUGUACUCCUUCCACGGUGGCGAAGGAGAUCACGGUCAUGGUCAUUCCCAUGGUGGUGGCUCUCAUGGACAUUCUCAUUCAGGAAAUGCAAACAUGGAAGGUGUGUUUCUUCACGUUCUGGCGGACACACUAGGUUCGGUUUUCGUUAUCAUCUCGACAUUGCUUAUCCAGUGGUUUGGAUGGACUUGGGUGGAUCCACUUUGCUCCCUGAUCCUUUCAGUUCUUAUUCUUGGAUCAGUGUAUCCCCUUCUCACAAGCAGUGUUAACACACUAUUGCAG